GACAGAGCCGAGCCGCGGGCGGACGGCGGCCGGAGUCGGGAGGGGGAGUCCUGGAGUGAAAGCAUCUCUCUCUCUCCUCGAAACCAGCAUAUUAAAUAUACCGCGCCUCGUUCCCCGUGCACGCUCUCUCUCUCUCACACACUCUCUCAUUCUCUCUCCUCCGUGUGCGAGCGCCGCGCGCGGAGCCAGAGCCAGCUGCCGUGUCAUCUCCUUCCUCUAUUUUAUCACCCUCCUACGCUUCCCCAUUCUUCACCACCCGAGAAAUCCUCUCCCCCCUGGUGGUAGUACCACUACUCUAGUAGCACCGUCGGUUUCUCACCUUCCCCGACCCCGAGCUCGGACAAGAAACUCACCUCGACAGCCACAAGUUACCGCGUCGCCGGUUCCCCUGCUUCGAUUCUCACCGCGCGUCGACAUGGACACCUCGCACCACUAUCCAUGGCUCAACUUCUCCCUCGCUCACCACGGUGAUCUCGAGGAGGAGGAGAGGGGCGCAGCCGCCGAGCUGGCCGCGAUAGCCGGCGCCGCGCCGCCGCCGAAGCUGGAGGACUUCCUCGGCGGAGGCGUCAUCAACGGAGAGAGCGCCAGAAGCGGCGGCGGUGUUCCGGUGGCCGCGCCGGAGGUGUCGGCGCCCGCGGAGAUGUACGACUCGGACCUCAAGUUCAUAGCCGCCGCCGGGUUCCUGGGCGGCGGCUCGGCUGCUGGACCGGUGGCGACGUCGCCCCUGUCUUCCCUCGACCAGGCCGACCCCAAGCUGGCCUUGCCUGCGGCCGCCGCGGCGGCGCCGGCGCCGGAGCAGAGGAAGGCCGUCGACUCUUUUGGGCAGCGCACGUCCAUCUACCGCGGCGUCACACGGCACCGGUGGACUGGCAGGUACGAGGCACAUCUAUGGGACAACAGCUGCCGGCGUGAAGGGCAGAGCCGCAAGGGCCGCCAAGUGUAUUUGGGUGGCUAUGAUAAGGAGGAGAAGGCAGCCAGGGCGUAUGAUCUUGCAGCUUUGAAGUACUGGGGUUCUAGUACCACCACCAACUUUCCGGUUGCUGAGUAUGAAAAGGAGCUCGAAGAGAUGAAGACCAUGACUCGGCAAGAGUUUGUUGCUUCCCUUCGAAGGAAGAGCAGUGGAUUCUCCAGGGGUGCUUCUAUUUACAGAGGUGUAACCAGACAUCACCAGCAUGGGCGGUGGCAAGCAAGGAUCGGAAGGGUGGCCGGUAACAAGGACCUCUACCUUGGAACAUUCAGCACCGAGGAGGAAGCUGCGGAGGCCUAUGACAUAGCGGCCAUCAAGUUCAGAGGCCUGAACGCUGUUACAAACUUUGAGAUCAGCCGGUAUAACGUUGAGAGCAUAAUGAACAGCAACAUUCCAAUGGGGAGCAUGUCGGCCGGUGGCCGGAGCAACAAGGCACUGGAGUCCCCUCCAUCGGGCUCACCUGACGCCAUGCCCGUCGAAGCCAGCACGGCGCCCCUGUUUGCCGCUCUUCCGGUGAAGUAUGACCAGCAGCAGCAGGACUACCUGUCGAUGCUCGCGUUGCAGCACCACCAGCAAGGGAACCUGCAGGGGCUAGGGUUCGGCCUGUACUCAUCCGGAGUGAACCUGGAUUUCGCAAACUCCCAUAGCACUGCUUCGUCGAUGACCCACUGCUAUGUCAAUGGCGGCACGGUCUCCUCACAUGAGCAGCACCAGCACCACCAGCAGCUGCAGGAUCAUCAGCAGCAGGGCGAGAGUGAGACGCAACAGAGCUCCAACAGCUGCUCCUCCCUCCCAUUCGCCACACCGAUCGCUUUCAAUGGGUCCUAUGAAAGCUCCAUGACGGCGGCAGGCCCCUUUGGAUACUCCUACCCAAAUGUGGCAGCCUUUCAGACGCCGAUCUAUGGAAUGGAAUGAUUCGGUGUCGUGGCUACUGGCCCUGCUGGCGUUUCGCAUGUGCAAAAGGGUAGAAGCCAUGAGACCAAAGAUUCAAGCACAAAAAACAUAAAGGGACUGAAAGAGAGAUUACCAGUAGAGACAGUAGUAUGAUGGAGACAUAGGAAGCAGCGAGCAGUGUGCUGCAGGAUACAUCACUGACGAUCGAGCCAGAGACGGAGAAGGAACAAGACUCGAUCUUGCUAACAACAAAAUGGUCGUUGCAGCUAGCUAUAGCAUAUUUGCGCUUUUCCCUUUCGUAGCUUUGGUCUUUUUUCAGCUUUGUUUGCCCCCUAGCGCCGUGCAUGGUGCAUGCCUUUGAAGCUUUCUCUUUCUACUGACAUGAUUCUGCAAGUGCCAUCAUAGCUUUAGUCAGCCCUGUACAAUGGAAACAGGAACGUCGUCUUUGAUCUGUAGCUUUCUUUCAACUUUGUUGUUUUUUUUUCUUUUUGUGCUUUACUUUCUGGUCACUUUAGUUUGGCCCCCUGUUCUACCACUAUGCUUCAGAGGGGAUAAAUGUUCAAAGCUCCUGUCUUGUACUGAACAAGUUCAGCAAACAGAUAUAGCAGCAUGUAACUCUAAAAUCAAUGUCAGCCUUUCGUAUUUGAUGAA